AUGACUCCUCAUAAUGUAGUCCUAGGAAUUGUGUACCUGCUGCAGAUUAUUAUUGGAGCCCUAGGAAACUUUUUCCUCAUUUAUCAUUACUCUGUUCAUUUCAUCACUCACAACAGGCCCAGACACAUAAACCUAAUUCUCAUCCAGGUAUCCUUUGCCAAUGCCAUGUUUCUUCUUUCCAGAGGAAUUCCAAUAACCAUGUUUUCAUGGGGGGUCAAAUAUUUUCUCAAUGAUGUUGUGUGUAAAAUCACAAUUUAUCUACAGAGAGUAUUCCGGGAACUUUCUCUCUGCAGUACCUGCUUACUUAGUAGCUUGCAGGCCAUUGUCAUCAGCCCCAAUAGCCCAAAGUGGGCAAUCCUUAAAGUUAAAUCCCCAAAAGGUAUCAUUCCCUGCUGUAUUUUCAACUGGGUCUUCAAUCUCUUCAUAGAUUCUGUUCUUCUUGUAUAUAUAAUUGGUCCAACACAGAACAGCACAAAGAAUAAAGAGAUAAACAGGCUGGGAUUUUGCUCUCUUGACCCAUAUGCCAUUUAUUCACUAAAACUUCAACUCUGGAAGUCUUUGUAUGAUUCUAUGUUGGUGGUUUUCAUGACUAUUACUAGUGGAUACAUGGUGUUCCUCCUGUAUCAACACCACCAACGAGUCCAACAUAUUCAUGGCACCAGCCUCUCCUCCAGAGUCUUCCCUGAGAUCAAAGCCACUAAAGCCAUUUUGCUGCUAGUGAGCACCUUUUUGCUCUUCAACUUAGUAUGCUCUAUCUUAUCUACUUAUGCAAAUCAGCCUAAUGUAACAGAACCAUGGGCGUUCUAUGUCCCUAUGUUUUUAUCUAUGUGUUUUCAAGCAAUCAGUCCUUUUCUGUUGCUCAGUAGUGAAAGCUGGGUCCCCUGGGAAGUCUGUUGCUUUGUCCAAGUAAUAAAAGAUUCCUGUGGUACAUCCAUAUCAUGCCGAAUAACUACAGCACCAUAA